ACAUCACACACUGGCGUGUGGUGAUGUGAUACUGCAGUUUUAGCUCACGAGUCUGCAGGAGCUGUAUUUGUUACAAGUUUUCGUCGUGCACUGCAGCUGCAAUCAUGUGGAGAUAUUUUUUGGUCUGCGUAUUUUGUUUGUCCACCCCGAUCCGGCAGUCAAGCGGUCAGACAGGAUAUAAAGAUGUAACCACGAACGCCGUGUUCCGGUUGCCCGGCACGACGGCCCCGGACCAGUACGACUUGCGAUUCGAGUUCCAGGACUUUAAUGGUGUCGAUAACUUAAAGUUCAACGGCGUUGCGAAAAUAAUUAUCACUGUCGUCUCGUCCACCAGUGUUUUGACCCUGAAUCUCAGGGACCUGAACGUGACCAACGUGACGGUCGCGGAUACAACGUCCUACUCGACGAGGUAUUUGCGUGUGAACGAGUGGGUGUACCUAGCGAACGACGAACAGUUCGAAAUUCGUCUAGACCGGUCCGUACCGCAAGGAAGACACUUGCAGGUGUCGAUCACGUACGUCGGCAAUAUUAGAACUGAUAUGACCGGUUUGUAUUUGAGUUCUUACGAGGAGCGAGAUACGACCAAGUGGUUUGCUGUGACACAGUUCGAAUCAACUUAUGCGAGGAGAGCGUUUCCGUGUUACGACGAACCCGCGUACAAAGCAACGUUCGACAUAUCAGUGGUCAAACAAAAGCAUCAGAUCGCGCUGUCCAACAUGCCGAUCCGAUAUACCGAACCCGGUUUAAACCAAACGGAAACGGUUUAUUUCGUUCAAACCCCACCGAUGUCCAGUUACUUGGUUGCCAUUUACGUGGGCGAAUUCGUACCAAGCAACAGUAAUAAGAACGAUUCGUCAACGAUAACGGUUUACACGCACCAAGAAUUAUCCAAUCAAACGGAGUACAUCUUAAACGAAGCUCCGAAACAUCUACGUGUACUGGAAGAGUACACAGGCCUGACGUAUAUGCUGCCUAAAAUGGACUUGUUGGCAGUACCAGAUUUGAGUUUUGGGGCGAUGGAAAAUUGGGGAAUCAAUAAUUAUCAAGAAAGCUAUCUGCUGCUGUCGGACGAAUCGAAAACGAGAAUGAAAAUGCGCUCGUCAAUUAUUGUACAACACGAGUUCACUCAUCAAUGGUUCGGAAAUCUGGUCACCUGUAAGUGGUGGGACUAUUUAUGGUUGAACGAAGGUUUCGCGCAGUAUUUUCAAUACUUUGCUACCGGAAUGGUUAGGACCAACUGGUCGAUGGAAGAACUGUUUGUGGUCGAAGCGUUUCAGGGUGCAUUGGCGUAUGACCAGAAGCCCAGACAUCCCAUAACCGCGUCCGUGAGCACUCCCGAAGAGAUCAAAGACCUAUUCGAUACCAUAUCGUAUAAUAAGGCGGCAUCAGUCCUGAGAAUGUUGAAAAAUUUGAUGACCGAAAAUCUGUUCAAGUUGUCCCUUCAACGCUAUUUGCAUAAUUUUAAUCAAAAUACUGCAGAACCUUCAGACCUGUUUACAUCAUUCGAUGAGGUUUUAUACGACUACGAUUAUAACAUUGGAAAUGGAUUGGAUGUAGUUGAUUUCAUGUCAAAUUGGACGUUACAGUCGGGAUAUCCAGUUUUGAACAUUAUGAAGAAUGGAGAUAUGUUUUUAGUGACUCAAAGCCAAUUUUACGUUAAUAAAACCGAUGGGAUCAUCAAUGAAACAGCGGCAUGGCACAUUGGUCUCACGUACACAACCAGCGCGAGCAAAAAUUUCCGUGACACUCAACCAUCCGUUUGGACGAACAAAACAUCGGCGUUAACCAUUAUAGUACCAGUAUAUAGAUAUAUAGAUAUAGAUUGGUACAUAUUCAACAUACAAUCAAUCGGCUUCUACAGGGUAAACUACGAAGUCGACAACUGGAUGGCGCUGAUAAAGCAGCUGACCGAUAAGCCCACCGAUAUCCACGUGCUCAAUCGCGCUCAGCUAAUAGACGACUCGUUCAACUUGGCGAGGUCUGGUCAAUUAGACUAUUCAGUCCCGUUGAACAUGUCCAAAUAUCUGAAGAAUGAAAACGACACUGCGCCGUGGUAUUCGGCGAUGAACGGGUUCGCGUACUUGUUAGAGCGCAUGCCCCGCAGUGCCGGAGGAUACGCAAAUUUUAAGUCUCACGUCAGCAGCUUAGCGGGGACCAUAUAUAGUAAGCUAGAAUAUCUCGUGUCGGACAACAACACUGCAGAGUACAGAGUGUUGAGUGCUUGGGAAACGUUUUCCAAGUGGGCGUGUAGAUUGGAGAACGAAUACUGUUCGACCAAAGCACAGAAAUACUUCGAAACAUGGCAAAACGGAGAGAAAAUACCUGCCGAUAUUAAAGACGCCGCGUUCUGCAUUGGAGUGAAGAAUAGUAACGGUUCAUCAGUCUUUAAUAACAUGUUUGCGUUAUACAUCAACACCAAGUCGUUGUCGGAAAAAUCUUCCGCGGAGUUCGCGCUAGGCUGUUCUACUAACAGGACUCAGCUAUCUGAGUACAUUAAUCAUAUAUUAGACGGGCGAAUUGAGAAAAGAUACUUCAAAUCUGUUAUAUCUGCAAUAUCAACGACACCGUUAGGUCUCAAUGUGUUAUACGAAUUCCUUUCAACUAAUUUGAACAUAAUUCUGAACGAGCUACCUGACGGCGAAGGCGUCGCAUCAUAUAUUUACUCAACCCUAGCUACCAAGAUGACAAACGACGAUGAAUUUGAAAAACUACACAAUUUGAAAAACAAUUCUACCGUCCCCGGCUCUUUGAGAUCGUCGUUUGAAAAAUCCUAUGCAAAUAUCAAUGAUAACCUGGCGUGGUUCGAGAAGUAUGCUGAUGGAAUUAACACAUGGACAUUAGAAAAUCGAGAACCAGACCCACAAACUACAACAACUGAGACCACGUUUACUACAGUCAACUCUACUACUGAAUCACUUAUGGCGGUUAACCAAACGUCUAUUGCAACUUCAAUAGGUACGACAGAAAUGUCUACCGCAUCUCCCGUACCCGUUACUGAACAUGUAACGACGACCACAUAUAGACCAUCCAGUGCAACGGCGCACGCACAUACAAGUUGUAUUAUGUUAAUAUUAUCAUUUUUGAUAUUCGCCGUUGUCUGUUUGACGGAAUCGUCAGACGCGUCAACAACAAACGUCAUGUGUACUAAAACGGUAGCAACAAUCGUCGCACUCGUUUCCGCAGUAGUAGUCGCAGUCCAUCCGAUUGCUGGCUCGGCGGACCAAGCCGAAUCGUCGUCGUACCGGUUGCCGCGCGACACGCAGCCGUUAGCGUACGGUUUGCGGCUAGUGCCAAAGUAUGACGUGGGCUCAGACAUGUACACGUUUGGUGGCCAGGUGGAGAUCCUCAUUUACGUGAACAGCAUCACACCAAACGUGACGCUCAAUGCCAAGGACAUGCAAAUCAAGAGCUUGGCUAUUACCGAGUUCAAGACGCAGACGGACGUGGCGGUGGACUCGUACGAAUUGGACAACGACGCGGAGAUUUUGAAAAUCUACGCGGAUAACAACCUGUUGGCCGGCCGACGGUACCAGGUGAAGAUAGUUUUCCAGGGACUGCUGAGGACCGACAUGACCGGCUUCUACAAGAGCGUAUACAAGGAGGAUGGUGUAAACAAAUGGAUGGCUGUGACACAGUUCAAGCCGACGUACGCAAGGAGAGCGUUUCCUUGUUACGACGAGCCUGCGUAUAAGACUCCAUUCAAUGUAACAUUGGGCAGACAAGAGCACCAGAUGACAUUAUCCAACAUGCCUAAAUACUUAACUCAAAGACUCGAAUACUACGGCUGGUGGGCCGACCAUUAUGAAACGACACCUCCGAUACCCACAUAUUUAGUGGGAGCACUUGUCGGAAAUCUGAAAAAAUCAAGUACAAUAGAAGGAAGCAUCGUCGAUGUAUACACGUACAAUGAUUAUUUGGAGCAAGUUAUGUACGCUACGGCAGAAACGCCGAUGUUGUUUAGCGCCAUGGAGAACUACACGGAUAGUGAAAACCAAUUGAAAAAAAUGGAUUUCAUAUCGAUACCCGACUUUGACGGCGAUGGAAUGGAAAACUGGGGAAUAAACGCUUACCGCGAGAAAUACAUGUUGUUCGACGACGAUUCAAAAUUGAAAUUCAAAGAACGGUCGGCAAUGGUGAUCCAAAAAGUUUACAGCCACCAGUGGUUCGGAAAUUUGGUGACCUGUGCGUGGUGGGAUUACUUGUGGUUGAACGACGGAUUCGCCCGAUAUUUCCAGUAUUACGCGACGGAAGUGGUGAACCCGGACUGGCGGUUGAAUGAACUUUUUGUCGUAGAGCAGCAUCAGACUGCCAUGGAGUUUGACCAGACUCCGAGACACCCGAUUACCACGUCCGUUAAGACUUCUGACGAUAUCCAAAAUAUAUUUGAACGUGUGGUUUCCAAUAAAGCUGCGGCUAUUUUGAGAAUGUUACAAUGCAUAGUAACUGAUUCCAAUUUCCAAGAGCCCCUAAAUUUGUAUUUGAAAAACUUCAAAUAUGGCGCAGUAACCCCAAGUAAUUUAUGGGCGGUCUAUGAAAAUUAUUAUUUUGACAUUGGAUUCAAGUUGUCGGAAAAUGUGCCAUUCACCAAUUUUAUUGAGUCCUGGACAAAUCAGCCAGGUUAUCCAGUGGUUAACGUCAUUAGAAAUCAAAACACGUACACAAUUACUUAUAAACCAUUUUCGAUUUGGCCGACUGAAAAUAAUACUUCCAGCUGGUACAUUGGUAUUACUUACACCAACAAUUUGGCGAGAAAUUUUGACGACUUAAGACCGGUUAGAUGGAUAAAACCUUACACGUCCGUAAUGUACUUGCGUGAUUCAAGCCUUUGUACUUGGGUGAUUUUCAAUUUGCAAUGGACUGGAUUCUAUAGGGUUAACUACGACCUCAAUAAUUGGCAGCAGCUGAUAAAACAGUUGAACGAAUCAAAUACCAAUAUACACGUUCUGAACCGAGUACAGCUGAUCGAUGACUCGUUCAAUCUCGCGAGAGCCGGAAUGUUGAAUUAUACGAUACCUUUGAACUUGUCGACCUACCUGACGAAGGAAGACGACGAAAUACCUUGGUACACAGCCAUCGAGUGUUUGUCUUACGUGGUCGAACGAAUGCGUCGUAGUGCUCAGGGUUAUGAUUACAUUAAGUCAUAUGUUCGAAAAUUGGCCGAAUUUAUUUACAAAAAGACUGACAUUUUAGUUGUGCAAUAUAAAACCGAUGACCACACGACAAUAACAAGUUGGAAUAAAUUUUCUGUGUGGGCUUGCUACUUAGAUGGCGAAUAUUGUACGAAUAAUGCAAUAAUAAAUUUCAAAGAAUGGACAGAGAGAAAAAGAAUAUCGCCUGAUAUUAAAGACGCUGCAUUGUGUACGGGAAUAAAAUUAAGUAACGACACUGAAACGUGGCAAGGUGUGCUCAAGGUUUACAUGACCACCAAGUCGGCUUCAGAGAAAAACUCAGCUCAGUCAGCGUUGGCUUGUUCAAAAGAUACAUUGAUAUUAUAUAAAUACCUGGAAUUUUUAUUUGACUUCAAUACUGGUGGCCCAGUACGUUUGCAAGAUUUCAAGGACAUAUGUGAUGCGAUGUCUUUGACCCCACAAGGGAUAGAAGCGCUAACAAACUUUUUAAUGAACAACAUAGAACGAAUUCUAAGACAGAUACCUACAGGAGAGAGUAUCGUUACGUAUAUGUAUAGGAUUUUAGCUUCCAAAGUAGCUCUUGAUAUUGAAAUAGCUAAGUUGACAAAUCUGAAGAACGCAGCAGGAUUGCCGCCGAAAAUUAAAGCUUCAUUCGAGGAAUCGUACGUGCAAGUACAACAAAAUCUCUUUUGGUAUAACAGUUACCACAACACAAUUAACCAAUGGACAGGAGCACCAUUAGACCCACCAACAACGUCCACACCACCGACGGAUACGACAUUAUCACCGACGGAUACGACUGUUUUGUCGACGGAGGCGACCACGACAACGACAGAUACGACGACGAUUUCAGCGAAUACGACUUGGUCUUCGAUGGACACGACCGUGUCCUUAAAUGAUACGACUGUGUCGUCGCCGAAUACGACGGUGUCAUUGGAGGAUACGACUGUGUCUUCGUCGAAUACGACUGUGCCAUUGGAGGAUACGACUGUGUCGUCUUCGAAUACGACUGUGUCGGAAGUGACUGAACCGAUAAGACCAGUACCGACUUAUCCAACAUUUGAUUUCGAUAACCCUACGCCGAGUGUCAUUUACAGGUGUCCCAAUAAAUCUGGCCAACCGUCGUAUCGGAGUAGUUUAGUUUUCGUCGUCAUCGUUGUCAGCUUGGCGGUGACCAUUAUUAUCGUUUUGUAAAUAUUGAAAUAAUAAUAAAAAAUCGUAUCCGCUAAUGUUUUCGGAUUAAAAAUUAAAAAAAAAAAAUAAUAAAAUAUAUUCACGUCUCACGUUUGCAGGCAUGAGGAUGUCGCUGGGAUAAUAAAAUAUGCGUUUUUCAUAA